AUGACAGACCCGAACAAAUGGCUUGGGCUGCUGCGAUGGAGCAUGCAGCAGCAAGACGGCACGCGCCCGACGGAGUUCAAAGCUAUGGACCCGAAGGACAAAGAGUGGCUGGAACGCGUGAUGAAGGAGUGCGUCAUCGAUGAAGUCGAACGCAUGCAUCAAAUCAUACGAGUUUGGUCGGGCGACGACCCGCGCGUCGUGCUUCCGAAAUUGAUCGCGGACCCGCCAGCUAACGAGUAUACUUCCGAAGAAAUUGAAGACUACAAGGAAGCGCUGCUCGACGAGAUGCUCACGCGUAUCGACCAAAUCGACAAUGCUCAAACUUUCAUUAAGAUUGGCGGGUUGCCAAGCGUUCUGCUCUUGUUUAGCAACCCUCGAGCUAGCAUUCGUGCAGGUGCUGCUGAAGUGUUUGCGACAUGCUCUCAGAACAAUCCCCCCGUACAGAAAGCUGGUCUUGACGGGCACGUGUUGGAAGCAUUGAGCAAGCUAGCCCAAGACGACCCCGACACCACCGUCCGUGUUAAGGCAAUCUUGGGCAUCAGUUGCAUGAUCCGAGGCCUGGACAAGACGGCCGAGCAAUGGUUCGUCCAAAAAUGCGAUGGUCUGCGGAUACUCCAAACUUGUGUGCAAUCGGGCGACCUCCGCUUGCAACGGAAGGCGCUGUUCCUUCUGCGGUACCUGGCGAACUCGAGCCUUGGAAACGCCCAGAAGCUGCUGGACCAAGGCGCGUACAUUUCUGCGUGCAGCUCGUUUGUCGGCAAGGACGACGUCGAUCUCAACGAAAGCUCCCUGCAAGCUCUUGCCGAAUUUGCCGCGUUCGGACCAGCGUUCAAGGCUGCAUGUAAACAAGCCAACCUCGUGCCGUUGGUCCAGGCCCGUGUCGCUGCCAUCAACGCGAUGACGGGCGACGACCGGGAAGUUGCCGAGGAAGAAAAGAGCUAUGCCGACCUGUUGCUCGAAUCGCUCGACGUGCUGCUCGAAUAG